UGUCGAGAUAGCUCCUCUCAUCGCCAAAAGAUGAGAAAUGGUGCCUCUAAGAUAGUAUACCGAUUGGCAAAUGCCGGUCGACCCGCGCGGCUGGCAGUGCCAAACGGCCGCCGGUAUCUAUCAACACAGCGGGAAUGGUCGACUCCCCUGGCAAAGAGAAUCACCGAUGCAAUCAAUACUACGGGCCCGAUCUCUAUCGCUGCGUUCAUGCGUCAAUGCCUGACCUCCGAUGAAGGUGGCUACUACACAUCUCGCGGAGCACCUGGUAGCGACGUAUUCGGCAAGGAGGGAGACUUUGUAACAUCACCGGAAAUAUCUCAGAUGUUUGGGGAGCUGCUGGGAAUAUGGAUAGUGACGGAAUGGCUGUCUCAGGGACGACGCAGCAGCGGAGUCCAACUGAUGGAAGUCGGUCCUGGAAAGGGAACAUUGAUGGCAGACAUCUUGCGUUCGGUUCGGAAUUUUAAAGGAUUUGCUUCAAGUAUUGAAGGUAUAUACCUCAUAGAGGCCAGUCCAACGUUGCGUGAUAUUCAAAAACAGAAACUCUGCGGAGAAGCGCCAAUGGAAGAAUGUGAAAUUGGUCACAAGAGCACCAGUACACACCUUGGAGUACCGGUUUAUUGGACUGAACAUAUACGCUUGCUUCCGGAAGUCGAGAACAAAGCGCCGUUUAUCGUUGCUCACGAAUUCUUCGAUGCCCUUCCAAUCCAUGCGUUCCAAUCGGUCCACUCUCCUCCCCCAGAAACAAUAAACACCCCAACCGGACCAGCUACGCUUCGACAACCUCCACUACCCUUGAACGGAACACAAUGGAGAGAGCUAGUGGUCGCUACAAACCCUGAACCAACCCGCGAGUCCGAUAAGAAUGACAAGAAGCUCGAGUUCCGAUUAGCCCUUGCAAAGUCGCCUACUCCAGCGUCCCUGGUCAUGCCAGAAAUGUCUCCCCGAUACAAGGCUCUCAAAUCUACCCGCGGAUCAACCAUCGAAAUCAGCCCGGAAAGCCAUACCUACGCACAAGAGUUCGCCCGCCUUAUCGGAGGUGCCAAUCCAACUGGUAAAGACGAUUCACCGACCCGUACCCCCGCCGGUGCAGCGCUGAUACUCGACUACGGCCCAUCGUCUACCAUACCUGUCAACUCCCUUCGCGGAAUUAAGAAUCACCAGAUCGUGUCACCGUUUGCGACCCCAGGCCAAGUUGAUCUUAGUGCGGAUGUGGAUUUUACUGGACUUGCCGAGUCCGCUCUUAACGCCAGUCCUGGCGUCGAGGUGUACGGACCAAAUGAACAGGGGAGCUUUUUACGCUCACUAGGCAUUGCGGAACGGGCAGCACAGUUACUGCGCAAUGUUAAAGAUGAAACAAAACGUAAGCAGAUAGAGAGCUCCUGGCAGCGUCUGGUUGACCGGGGAGGUGGGGGAAUGGGAAAAAUAUACAAGGCUAUGGCUAUUGUUCCCGAGAGCGGAGGAAAGAGACGGCCAGUAGGCUUCGGCGGUGAUGUCCAGAUGUAACCUACCGAGCUAUUUUGUAUAUAUAAGUAUAGAAAUCUGA